UUUUAACUUUUUUCAUUUUUAUGUAAGAACCAGCCAUUUUUGAGAAAUGUACCCAAUCUUUUUGGUCUUAUUAAUGUCCCGUCACCAGCAAAAAGUGUACAUGCAGGUUAUGCUGUUAUAGCGUCCCUUCCAAUGUUGAGACCAAACCUACGCCCUUGGCAUGCACUGUACUUCAUAAACGUCAGUCAUUUUACUGCAUUUUAAAAAAUCCACAUCCAGCCUGAAUCAUAACUACGUUAAUGUCUUUUUAUGAACCAAACCAUUUGUUAUUCAUUUAACAGUCCAACGAGUUAAAUAAACUUGUAUGGUUUGUUAGUUCAAACUAGGGCUGUCAAAAUUAUCGCGUUAACGGGCGGUAAUUAAUUUUCUAAAUUAAUCACGUUAAAAUAUUUGACGCAAUUAAUGCACAUGCCCCGCUCAAACAGAUUAAAAUGACAGCAGUGUAAUGUCCGCUUGUUAAUUGUUUUUUGUUGUUUGGCGCCCUCUGCUGGCGCUUGGGUCCAAAGGAUUUUAUGGGUUUGGGGAGUGAGCUUGGUGUAAUUAUUGACAUCAACAAUGGCGAGCUACUAGUUUAUUUUUUGAUUGAAAAUUUUACAAAUUUUAAUAAAACGAAAACAUUAAGAGGGGUUUUAAUAUAAAAUUUCGAUAACUUGUACUAACAUUUAUCUUUUAAGAACUAUAAGUUUUUCUAUCCAUGGAUCGCUUUAAUAGAAUGUUAAUAAUGUUAAUGCCAUCUUGUUGAUUUAUUGUUAUAAUAAACAAAUACAGUACUUAUGUACCGUACGUUGAAUGUAUAUAUCCGUCUUGUGUCUUAUCUUUCCAUUCCAACAAUAAUUUAGAGAAAAAUAUGGCAUAUUUUAUAGAUGGAUUGAAUUGCGAUUAAUUACGAUUAAUUAAUUUUUAAGCUGUAAUUAACUCGAUUAAAAAUUUUAAUCGUUUGACAGCCCUAGUUCAAACAUAAACAUUUCUUUGCUGUGACUUAUGAGUGCUGAUCCAGGUUUGAGCACUGAGGUCAAAGGUUGCAGCCAGGCCCUUCUGAACACCAGGAUGUUAACGUCUAAACAGCAGGCACUGUCAAAGGGAGGAAAAAAAACAAUUGUCCUCCCUGACCUCCUGUCUUGGGCCUGGUUCCCCCUUUUCCCGCCAUUGAUCCCACAUUGAGGGUACGUGCGACAAUCCUCUUCCCCAAAAAGGCAUUUUUAGUGUGAACAUGGAUCAUUUAGGUCAUCUGCAAGCCGUGGGGGUUUACGGCAGCAGCAUGCGGUUCAAAGGUUGUCUCUCAGUGUCUGGACGGUCCUGCACAGCAGACACACACAAACAGAAUUGGCUCAAACGGAUAACACAGCAGCAGGACAUCAGAUGAAAUGGAAGUUCUCACACUUGUGCUGAUACUUUUUAUAGUGCCUUUACAUUUCUCCAAGCUACAAUCAAACCAAGAAGCCUUGGAAGUUCGUGAAGACGCCGAACGAUCACCAACGUCCAGCGAGGAGAGCAAAGAUGACAAGCGAGACGUACUGAACGAAGAGCGAGAGAGCAGGCUGGUUGCGGGGAUCGUCCCUCUUGAGAUGACUCAAAAUAUAUCUCAAAGUGUGCCUGAUGCUACUCGGACACCUCCAUCUGACAACAUCUCCACCGUGUUUAUCUCACCGCUGGAAGAAGUGCUCAGCGAGGUGCUACAGAGUCCUGGUCAUUACUUGGAGCGCAUCAGCCCGGAUGUAGCAGUCCAAACGGUCACAGGAAUGACAAACGCCAUCAUCGAAAGAGCAGAAUAUGACCAAAAUAAAAAGACCGAGCCUUCAGUCACACAAAAGAAGAUCACAGGUGACAAAAAUACGACUGUUAGAAAUCACAAGCAAAACGGAAGGAAAAAGAAGUUUGAAAAAUCCAAGGAAGUGAAAAAGGCUAAAAAGACAGAGCGUUUUCCUUAUUUCAUGGAUAACUACUGUCCUCCGGAUUGUGCCUGCUAUGGAGGGGUGGUCCAGUGUUCCGACAAAUCGGUCGAGAUGAUCCCAUACGGAAUUCCGUACAGCUCGCGCUACAUCCUACUGAUGAACAACCGCAUCCAGAGUAUCCAGUUGGACCUUCUUCGAGGAUACGCCUCCAUGGAAUUCCUGGUCCUAAGCGGGAAUCGUCUCACGGACGGCUCGGUGGAGGGUGCGUUUGAGGGUGUCCUGGCCCUCAAGCGUCUCUACCUGGAUCAGAACCUGCUGGCGAGCAUACCGACGGACCUUCCGGCUUCUCUCGAGGAGCUCCGGCUGGACAACAACCGCGUGAGGAUGAUGUCCGACUGGGUUUGGAGUUGCUGUCCGGGCCUUUUGGUGUUGAGCCUCAGCAACAACAGUUUGGGGAAUGAAUCAGGGUCGCUUCCUGAUGCCGUGUUGUCCCCCUUGCAUUGCUUGAAGACUUUGAACCUGGAUCACAACUGGUUGACGUGCGUUCCCCUCGGAUUGCCGCUGUCGGUCAAGGAGCUGUACCUCCGAGGGAACCUCAUCGAGCGCUUCGACGGCAGAGCGUUUGACGGGACGUCCCGGCUGGCCAUUUUGGACCUGAGCGCCAACAGACUAAGCAACCUGCCCAGAGAUGCUCUCCUCAACGCCAGCCACCUGGAAAGCCUUAACCUGGAGGGCAACCGAUUUAAGAAAGUACCCAGACACCUUCCUUCGUCGCUUAAAACCUUAAACCUGGAGGGAAACCUCAUCUCCGCGAUAAGAAAAGUGGAUUUCACUUCCUUGAAGAACCUGGAACAUCUCGGCCUGGCCAGGAACAAACUCACCAAAGUGGCCCCCGGUGCAUUCCGGAGUUUGAUCGCCCUGCACCAGUUGGACCUUUGCCACAACGCCUUGCGUCAGGUGCCCAGACAGCUCCCGAGGGGCCUCCACUCGGUGGCGCUGGCUCACAACAAGAUCCGGUUGGUGCCCCGGGAUGCCUUUUGCUGGGGUAGAGCGGGCUCGGGCCUCAGCGGGCUGGUUCAGGUGCAGUUAGAGAGCAACCUGAUGGACAUGGCAAAGCUGGACUCAAAGGCUUUCAGGUGCUUGAGGGGAUUCCAAGUCGUGCAUUUCAAUUGAUACAAAAAAUGGAAAACAUCCAAAUGACUAAUAUGCUAUUAUUUAUUGUUUUAAUGUCAUUUUAUAUUUGUUGCUUUAUUUUUGGGUUCAUCUUUGCAUACCAGUGUAUGUUCCCAUUGGCCUUCGAUUAAAAUCUGCGGUGUUGUGUAAAAUUAAUAUUAUUCAAAUGAAUUGCCCCAAUAAUAUCUUGCUUUUCAUAUAGUUUGAUGCAAUCCUGCAAAUGUGUACAAAUGUUUACAGCAUUGCGUGCUGUACCU